CAACGUCACGUUAACAUUUCCCUUUGACAGUGAGGUAUACGUUUGUGUUGGCGGGAAACCUCAUUUGUUUUACAGAAGCAAAUCGGCUAAAAAAUCUAUUCUGAUCUCGAUUCACAACGAUCAGACAGUAUGCAGUUAUGCCUGGCAAAGGCAAAUUUCACGGAGAAUUGUUCUCGAUGAACAUUUCUCACAUACCACCGGCAUAUUUCGCCGAGUCCAUUCAAGGACUUGGUUUUUACGUGGGAGGUGAAUUGUGGCGUCCUGUUUGUUUUCUGAAAGAAUUUUUUAGCGGUGUUUGUUGAACACUAAGAAACGAAGCAAGUUUCGUUCAUCGGUUUCAAAUUCGAUCAGUAGAAACAGAAGGGAAAGCAAUCGUUCUCGUGGUACGGGUGACGAUCGAUUGUGAAAUCUCGUGAACCAUGCGGAGAACAGGAAAAGCCAAUGUCUUAACUGCUUUGAUCGAUCGGGAAACGAACUGUCGAGGAACUCACGACCACAAUUUGUUAACAUCGUACGCCGAAGAUGCCUCUGUGAUGUCCUGUAAUCAAACGAAGGAAUGUGAGCUGCCAGGAUCACCAAGGUCAACCUUUCUUGUCUGCUUCAGCCCUGACAAGACCAAAAUGGCAUCUUCCCAUGGAGAUCACACUGUGCGUAUAGUGGACUGUAAGACAUUUAAAUGCAUGAAUACUCUCAGAGGUCAUCCUCGCACACCCUGGUGCAUUGUGUUCCACCCGUCAUCCAAUGAGCUGUUGGCUUCAGGUUGUCUUGGAGGAGAAGUCAGAGUUUGGAAUUUAAAGACUGGAGAUAGUGAAGUGUACACACCUCCUGACAGAGCUGUUAUUGCCUCGCUUGCUUUCCACCCUAUGGACCAUGUGUUGCUGAUCGCAACCAGCAACAAGCUUCUCUUGUGGAGCUGGGAUCAACCUGAGCCAUUUGCUUGUGUACAGACUGCUUCAGCUGAAGAAAAAGUCAGAUUGGUGGAAUUUUCACCUCUUGGAGACCAUAUUCUUACUGCAGUUACAAAUAUACCCCAACCAGCUAGUAACUCUGGAACAAUUCCAACUAGGUGAGAAUGUUUUAGAAUUAGUUAAAUUAUUGCUGAAGAAAUUUCAUUGCAAUCUUUUU